GCCGCGCCGGCGCCGCCGCUCCCCAGGCGGGCGGGCGCGGCCGUCCCCGCGGCGGCGCCCCGGAAGGUGGUGGGCACCUGCCCGCGCGGGGCCGCCGGGCCGCGGCGGCCGGAGGGGAGCGGGGCCGGGGAGGGGGCUGGGCCUCGCUGCCGGGGCCUUUGUUCGGGAGCUCCGCAACCGCGGCCUGCGGCGAGGGGAACGGGGAGGCCACCGCGGCGGCAACGGGCCCCGUUCCCCGCGCUGCCCCGGGCCGGCCGCAGCCGGCGGAGGGCGAAACCCACGGCGCUUGGCUGGCGCUGGCCUGGCCGGAGGAGCCGGGCAGGAGGGCAGGCCUCCGAGGGGAGCGGCGCCCGAGUCCCGGGAAGCUGACCCGGCCCCGCCUGAGCGUCCUGAAAGCCGGAGUUUGACUCCGCACUUGGGUGCCGUGCGGUGCUCCCGCGGAACCGGCCGCGGCUUUCGCGCACCCACCCUAGGGUACGGUCAGGGGCUGCUGCUUCAAAAUAGUAAAUAUUUUGUUGUUGUUGUUGUUUUCCGGCCUUAACCGAAUAAAUGUGAAGUAAGUGCUGUCUUCUCUGCCUCUGCUGUUUUCCACCGUGUGUUGCAGAACACUUCCUUGUGUGAGCAGCAGUUUGCAUCAAGUGCAUUCAGGCACGCAGGACGCUGGGGUGCCAGGCCUGAGUGUGGAGACAGUCGCCUGAACCUGUGUGCUCACACGGCUCCGCUUCGAAUGUUCUCAGUGAGGUCUCUUGGGCUGUCCUGGCAGAGCGAUUCCUGCUGCCUUCUUCUUGGUUUCCAUGAAGAUAAACAAUUGAAAUGUGGGCAGCUUAUUUAUAGCUUGGUGGUGGUUGUCAUCUGGAACCUCCUGCUGCCUCCUCCCGGUAGUUGGUGUCACGUUGGCUGCUGAGAGCCAUGAAGGUUGUACCAGAGAAGAAUGCUGUCCGCAUCCUGUGGGGUAGGGAACGGGGUACCCAAGCCUUGGGUGCUCAGCGUCUCCUGCAGGAGUUGGUGGAGGAUAAAACUCGAUGGAUGAAGUGGGAGGGCAAGAAAGUUGAGUUACCAGACAGUCCACGCUCCACCUUCUUGCUGGCGUUUAGUCCAGACAGGACCCUGAUGGCUUCCACACAUGUGAAUCACAACAUCUACAUCACAGAGGUGAAAACGGGCAAGUGCGUUCAUUCCUUGGUUGGACAUCGCCGCACUCCCUGGUGUGUCACUUUCCAUCCCACCAUUCCGGGCCUCAUUGCUUCAGGAUGCCUAGAUGGGGAGGUUAGAAUUUGGGAUUUACAUGGUGGAAGUGAGAGCUGGUUCACAGAUAGCAACAAUGCCAUUGCGUCUCUUGCUUUUCAUCCUACGGCUCAGCUCCUGCUGAUUGCAACUGCCAAUGAGAUACAUUUCUGGGACUGGAGUCGCCGGGAGCCUUUUGCAGUGGUGAAAACAGCCAGUGAAAUGGAGCGGGUCAGGCUGGUACGGUUUGAUCCCUUGGGACACUACUUGCUCACAGCAAUUGUUAACCCUUCUAACCAGCAGAGCGAUGAGGAAGUAGAGAUCUCCGUGGACAGCACAGAGAUGCCGCAUUAUCGCCAGCGCGCUAUCCUUCCGUCUCAGCCUGUGAGGCGCACACCCCUCCUCCACAACUUCCUGCACAUGUUGUCCUCCCGCUCCUCUGGCAUACAGGUGGGAGAGCAAAACAGUGUUCAAGACUCUGCUACCCCAUCCCCUCCACCGCCUCCACCACCACCUCCUCCGCCUCCAGCCAGUGAGAACACAAGGGCAUCUGUCUAUAACAGGCUCCGGGAGCGAGUCAGCUACCCCACAGCAGAGUGCUGCCAGCACCUGGGGAUGUUGUGCCUUUGCAGCCGAUGCUCUAGUGCAAGACUUCCUUCUUCUCUCUUCCCUCACCAGGAAAACGCACCCUCCACGUCUUCUGGGGCCACUGGCACUUCCUUCUCCUCUGUGCAGACAGAGCCUUAUCAACCCCCAGAGCAGGCAUCCGUAGCGCAGGAGGAGCAGGGGAUACUUAACAGGCCCUCUGCUUUCAGCACAGUUCAGAGCAGCACUGCUGGCAACACCCUGCGCAACCUUAGCCUGGGCCCCACGCGGCGGUCCCUCAGCGGGCCCUUGGCAGGCCACCAGUCCCGGUACCAACAGUCUGCGAGAGAGAUGGCUUCGGGCUUAGGCGGGUCUGACUGGUCCAGGACAGUGCUGAACAUGAGCUCUCGCUCAGAGCUGGAAGCCAUGCCUCCCCCUAGGACCAGUGCCUCCUCCGUGAGCUUGCUGUCCGUGCUGAGGCAGCAGGAGGGAGGCUCCCAGGCAUCAGUUUAUACCUCUGCGACAGAAGGGAGGGGCUUUCUGGCCCCCGGGGCUGAGGCGGACAGUGGUGGUAGCGCUGGUCCGAGCAAUCCGGCCAGCAUCCGUAAUGAGCUCCAGUGUGAUUUGAGGCGAUUCUUCCUGGAAUAUGACCGGCUUCAGGAGUUAGAUCAGGGGAUUGGUGGGGAGCCCAGCCAGUCGCAACAGGCUCAAGAAAUGCUCAACAACAACAUUGAGCCUGAUCGGCCGGGUCCCUCCCAUCAGCAGACUCCACACAGCAGUGAAAACAAUUCCAAUUUGUCCCGGGGUCACCUGAACCGCUGUCGCGCUUGUCAUAACCUGCUGACCUUUAACAAUGACACGCUGCGCUGGGAAAGAAGCACGCCUAGCUACACACCAGGGCAGGUCCAAAGCACGUUUGAGGGUGUACCUCCAAAUACCAGCCAGGUGCAGCCUGCAGAGAGAACCGAGGGCAGAGCUCCUGCCUCUAGCAGGCUGCAGCUGGGCAGCUCUUCCACCCCGCAGGAGGAGAGGACCGUGGGAGUGGUCUUUAACCAGGAGACGGGGCAUUGGGAAAGAGUUUACAGCCAGUCGGCUUCAAGCAGACCUGGGAAUGUAUCACAGGAGGCCUUAAACCAGGAAAUGCCUGAGGAAAGCUCAGAGGAGGAUUCACUCAGGAGAAGGUUGUUGGAGUCUUCCCUUAUUUCAUUAUCUCGCUACGAUGGAGCAGGGUCCAGGGAACAUCCAAUCUACCCAGAUCCAGCCAGGUUGUCUCCUGCUGCGUAUUAUGCUCAGAGGAUGAUCCAGUAUCUUUCCCGGAGGGACAGUAUUCGUCAGCGGUCUAUGCGGUACCAACAGAACCGUCUCCGCUCUUCCUCCUCCUCUUCUUCCACAUCAGAGAACUCAAGCCCAUCUGUAGAGGGAAAUGAUCUGGAAUUUGAAGAUUUUGAAAGGGACAAUGGAGAUCGAUCCAGGCACCGAGCCCCUCGGAAUGCCCGCAUGUCUGCACCAUCGCUGGGACGCUUUGUCCCGAGACGCUUCUUGCUGCCAGAGUACUUGCCUUAUGCUGGGAUUUUCCAUGAAAGGGGACAGCCUGGCUUGGCCACCCAUUCCUCUGUCAACAGGGUUUUGGCAGGUGCUGUAAUUGGGGAUGGACAGUCAGCUGUGGCCAGCAAUAUUGCCAACACCACCUACCGGCUCCAGUGGUGGGAUUUCACUAAAUUUGAUCUGCCUGAAAUCAGCAAUGCCUCUGUGAACGUGCUUGUUCAAAACUGCAAGAUUUACAAUGAUGCUAGCUGUGAUAUCUCUGCCGAUGGGCAGCUGCUGGCAGCCUUCAUUCCCAGCAGUCAGAGAGGCUUCCCUGAUGAAGGAAUACUGGCUGUGUAUUCUCUGGCACCCCACAACUUGGGCGAGAUGCUUUACACAAAGCGAUUUGGCCCUAAUGCCAUUUCUGUGAGCCUGUCUCCAAUGGGCAGAUACGUAAUGGUGGGACUUGCUUCUCGACGUAUCCUGUUGCACCCGUCCACAGAACACAUGGUUGCUCAAGUCUUCAGGCUGCAACAGCCCCAUGGUGGAGAAACCUCUAUGAGGAGAGUUUUCAACGUUCUCUACCCAAUGCCUGCCGACCAGAGAAGACAUGUCAGCAUCAACUCUGCUCGCUGGCUGCCUGAGCCAGGCCUAGGAUUGGCAUACGGCACCAACAAAGGGGACCUGGUGAUUUGCCGACCAGAGGCCUUAAACUCUGGAGUUGAGUACCACUGGGACCAGCUGAAUGAGAACAUCUUCACUGUGCAUUCCAGCAGCAGGAGCACUGAGCGGCCUGGAACCAGCAGAGCCACAUGGAGGACAGACAGGGACAUGGGCCUGAUGAAUGCCAUAGGCCUGCAACCCCGAAACCCCCCCACCUCUGUGACUUCACAGGGUACCCAGACCUUGGCGCCUCAGCUGCAGAAUGCCGAGACUCAGACAGAGAGGGAGGUACAGGAGCAGGAAUCCGCCUCUGCAGGGACUGGGGAAGGUGAAGGUCCAGAAUAUGGAGCCAGUGGGGAGAAUGCCCUGACUAGGAUCCAAAGGCUGAUGGCAGAAGGCGGCAUGACUGCCGUGGUCCAGCGGGAGCAGAGCACCACCAUGGCGUCCAUGGGCGGCUUUGGCAACCACAUCAUUGUGAGACACCGGAUCCACCGCAGCUCUCAGACUGGUGCAGAGUCCGCCGGAGCUGAGGGCACGUCAGCACAGCAGUCAACCUCACAGCAGCUGGCAGCUGAGCUGGAGGGACGGAUCCUUUCAGAGUCUCUGCAGCUGUCAGAGCACAGCCUGAGCCCGCGGACAGCCCCUGGCAGGAGUGAAGGACAAAGCGCUGGUGAUCUGGAGCUGCCAGAGCAGGCCCAGUCCUCCAUGGACACUGAGGGACCAAUUGAAUACAGUGACCUAACUAAUAAUAACCAUCUUCCUGACAGUACCAACUUCUAUAGUAAUGACAGCACCAGUGGGGAGUCACGGAACAGGUAGAGAUGAGUUGUGUGUUGGUGCUACCCUUGUACUGCUCAGCAGAGACCUGUACCUCACACCUGGCCAGGAGCUGGAAGAGUAGGGAUGUGUGGCUCUGACAGGGUCUGGUGGUUCAGUGGGCUUCUCUGUCCUUGGUGAGUGGGAAGGGAUAAGAACUGCAAGGGAAGCCAUGGGGAAGAAAGCAUACUUAACUUCCAGUGUUACCGCUGCUGAAGAGUUAUCAGGAAUGCAAACCAUACUGGCUGCACAUCAUGCAGAUUUUGAAGCCCUGUGGGAUCCCCUGAGCUCAGCCGUAACCCUGCAAUUCCGUCAGUGUCGUCCUUUGUAAAGCUUCUGUUCUUUCUUCUUUCCUGCCCUUUUAUGCCCAGGGUCUGAUCGGUAGAGUGGAGGAAGGGAAGGGGGCUGCAGCAUCCUUCUGGAGACAGGCAGUCCUACCAGGCAAACCUAGGCGUGAUACUCCGGCUCCACUGCUGGAGUGGAGGAGUCUUGCAGGCCACAGUCCCACUCUGUGUCACAGCAUUGCUGCCCCCAGAGCGUGGUGUUCUGAGACCCAUCCUGCCUGCUCUGUGGUCUUUUCUGGGAAGAGCUGGGCUUUGCCAAAACCUGCACAGCUCAGGAUCUGCUCACAGGUGGAGACCUUUCCUUUUUAGAGAGUUAGUUUAGUACUUGGCAGGAACCUAGGCAGAGCUGCUGUGUGGACAGGUAGAGGGACAAGGGCUACUGCUCUCUAAUCAGAAUGCAGGUCACACAAUAAUGUUCUAAGCUGUGCCAAUAUUAACGUGUAUGAGCCAUCCCAAUGGUUUUGUAGUGCCAGGACUGAGCUGCACCUCCUUGGCAGUGGGCAGGGAAUGUCUUCCAGCUCCAGGCCAGGGUGUGAGGUAUGGGUCUGUGAUGUAAGGUGUUGCAUGUGAAAUCUUGACCUUGUACAUGUAGUUUCUAGUGGAGAAAUCAAGGCUCUGAUACUUUGUUUUUAGUCUCAAAUGUGAUUUUCCUUUUCGUUUGUAACUCUCCAUCCCUAGCAGGCUUGUAGAGGAAGGACAGGGAAAGCGUGAGUGCUAACGAGGGAAACACCAAAGAUCAAUGUCAUUAAAAUAUGACAAACCCUU